AUGGUACCUCUCCUUCCUACCUUAAUAAUGGUCAUACUCUUCGCAGACGUGGGUGUAACAUUUGUCCUCUAUGUCCCUAUUGUGGGAAGUAGAAUCAUUUGACUAUUAAGUGUUAGAAGUAAUUCGACAAGCCUAUUUCUACAUAGCCAACGAUCACUUCUCCGACUUUAGCGUCCCCUGCUCCAUCCCAUGUUCUAACUCCUACCUUCCACAUGACUUUGACACCUACAAAAUAUGAUGCCCUUCACUACGUCAAUGGUACUGAUGCUUCCACCUCUGCUAGUCUCACGCCAGGUAUACACGCCAGGUAUACCUCUUCCACGCUAGGUAUACACGCUCUCCUUGUUUCUUCUUCUUCAGUGUCAUAGAUUAUUGAUUCAAGGGCCUCCACUCACAUGAUCUGUAUCCCCACUAUUCUCUGCUCCUAUCAACUUAUCUCGACCCAUCCUCUUGUCACCAUUGUCGAUGGCCGAACCUAUCUAGUCAAAGGUUAUGCUGUCACUUCAGCUUCUCCCUCCUUUCACCUCACCCAAGUUUUCUAUAUUUUUGAUUUUCUUACUAAUCUUCUUUCCAUCAGUGCUAUUACCCGUGCCCUUCUUUGUACAGUCACAUUCUUUUUCUUUCACUGUACUUUAUAGAAUCUACAUACUAGAUUGAAGAUUGAUUUAGGCCAUAAAAUGGGCGAGGUGUCUAUGAACUCGUUUCUAACAAACCAUCAUCUAACCUUCAAGCCCUUUUUAACACCUCAAUGACUACUUCUUCUUUUUUGUGACAUCGUCGUUUAGGCCAUCCUUGUUUCUCUAAAUUACAAAAAAUCUUAUUGUGGCUUCCUCUCUUUUAAGUUUAUGUGUGAAUCUUGUCAACUAGGCAAACAUAUCCGUACUUCUUAUCUUAGUCAUGAUGACAUCCUCUUUUUCACUCCCUUUGACCUUUUUCACUACGAUAUAUGGGGGGGGAGACAUUCCUUUCCAUUGUUUACUCUUUAAUUCUCCUCUUUCUUUUCUUCUCCCUUGGGUUUUUGGAUGCACUACUUUCAUCUAGGAUUCAUCUCCUUCUCUUUAUAAACUCACCCCUCGUGCUUUUAAAAGGGUCUUUAUCGACUACUCUCACAUGCAAAAGAGUUAUCAGGUCUACUUCCCUAAUACCCAUCGCUAUGUCACUUUCCAUGAGGAGUCUCAUUCUUUCUCUUCUAUUUUAACUCCUCCUCUUUGGGCCACUAUGUCUCCUCCACCUGAGUUCUCUCUCUUUGUGGUUCUUGCGAACCCUCCCUCUUCUCUUCUCUCCUAUCCACUCUUUUUAGGGUUGUUACCCAUGUUCAUCUCUCUUUGGCCCAUGUCUCCCAUGGCUCUUACUCCGGAUGUAGUAUCCUCCUCUUCCUCUCCUACAAUCCCCUCUGCACCUUCGGUCGUUGCUCCACUUAAUGACUUUCAUCUCUCUAUUAACCUCUGCAAAGGUACAUACAUCUUGACAUCAUGUAUAUGAUUAGUGUCUUGAGCCAGUUCAUGUAGGAGCCUCGACGAGUUCAUUCGGAAGGAGCUCUACGAGUCUUCACCUACAUCAAGCGAUCCCUAGAGAAAGGGCUCAUUUAUCGGCGACAUGGCUAUCUUCGCAUUGUAGCUUACUUUGAUGUCAGGUAUCCAAGUGACAAAGGCAACCGAAAGUCUACUACAAGUUAUUGCAUAUAUGUUGGUGGCAACUUAGUCACCUAGCGGUGCUAGAAAUAAAAGGUAGUGUUUUGCUCCAGUGCGAAAUCUGAGUAUUGAGCCAUGACUGAGAUAGUACAAGAAAUGGUAUGACUUCGAUCACUUCUCGAUGAUCUCAACAUUACUUCUUCCUCUUUAAUGUCCAUACAUUGCAACAAUUAAGCCACCAUUUUCAUUACUAGCAAUCCUACCUUUUAUGAGCAUAUGAAGUAUAUUGAGAUCAAUUGUUACUACAUUCGAAAUAAAAUUAUGUCUAAACUUAUCUCUACUUUUUAUGUGACAUCAUCUCAUCAGUUUACAAAUGUCUUCACGAAGAGUCUAUUCAACAUCUCUUAUGACGUCAUGUGUACCAAGUUAGACAUGUUCGACUUAUAUGUUCCAACUUGA